CCGGAAGUGGUUCCUGAGCCGAGCGAGACUUCCGGCGGAGCGCGGUUGCUAUGGUUGCCAGGCUUGAGGCCUACUCGUAGGACAUGUGUGGGGAGGAAAAACAAGGGGGCCGCGGCUUAGGAGCGCCAGGAGAGUGAACUGGGCUGACCUGUAUGUAUGUGACCCUCCGUUGCAGUCGCCUGUAACCACGAUACGUUCCCCAGCAAGAUGACCCAGGCAGAGAUCAAGCUCUCUUCCCUCCUGCUCCAUGAACAUUUCGGAGAGAUUGUGGAAAAGAUUGGGACACACCUCAUCCGUAUGGGGGGACAGCCGUUGCGCAUGAUUGCCCACGACACGGGGAUGUCACUCGACCAGGUCCGGAAGGCCCUCUGCGUCCUCAUCCAGCACAACCUGGUGACGUACCAGCUGCAGAAGCGCGGGCUGGUGGAGUACGAAGCCCAGUGCAGCCGAGUGUUGCGGGUCCUCCGCUUCCCCAGGUACAUCUACACCGCCAAGACCCUCUACAGCGACACAGGUGAGCUGAUUGUGGAAGAGCUGCUGCUGAACGGGAAGAUGACCAUGAGCGCUGCCGUGAAGAAAGUGGCCGACCGGCUGACGGAGACAAUGGAAGAUGGUAAAACGAUGGAUUACGGCGAAGUCUCCAACACCUUUGUACGCCUGGCGGACACGCACUUUGUUCAGAGAUGCCCAGCGGCCCCUGAAGGUCCGGAACCUUCGGACGCCACAACUCCGCCCGCACCCGUGUUGGUGUUUAACGAGAACGACAUGUACACAGUUCCAAAGCUGAAUCUCAUAGGGAAGGGGAAGAGGAGGCACUCGGAUAACCCUGACGAAGAUGGGGAGCGUAAAGCGAAACGGCAGAAGCAGGACGUGGACAGCAAGGAGCCUCCACCGGAUGACGGAAUCUACUGGCAGGUCAACAUUGACCGUUUCCACCAGCACUUCCGGGAUCAAGCGAUCGUCAGCGCCGUCGCCAACAGAAUGGACCAGACCAGCAGUGAAAUUGUGCGGACAAUGCUGCGAAUGAGCGAAGUCACCACCUCUUCCAACGCGCCCUACACCCAGCCGCUGUCGUCCAAUGAGAUAUUCCGGUCACUUCCAGCUGGUUACAACAUCUCCAAGCAGAUUCUUGAUCAGUAUCUUACUCUAUUAGCAGAUGAUCCGCUGGAGUUCGUUGGGAAAUCAGGCGACAGUGGCGGAGGAAUGUACGUUAUCAAUCUUCACAAGGCCCUGGCUUCUCAGGCUACCGCGACGCUGGAAUCGAUAGUUCAGGAAAGGUUCGGAUCCCGUUGUGCCCGGAUUUUCCGCCUGCUUCUGAGGAAGAAGCAUCUGGAACAAAAGCAAAUCGAAGACUUCGCCAUGAUCCCCGCCAAAGAAGCGAAGGAAAUGAUGUACAAGAUGUUGUCAACUAACUUUGUAGCCCUGCAGGAAAUCCCAAAGACCCCUGAUCAUGCUCCUUCCCGUACCUUCUACCUGUACGCCGUCAACACCCUCUCGUCCGCUCGGAUGGUGCUCCACCGCUGCUACAAGAGCGUGGCCAAUCUGAUGGAAAGGAGGCAGCACGAGACCAAGGAGAAUCGGCGUUUGCUGGAGAAGUCCCAGCGGGUGGAAGCCAUCCUCGCAUCGAUGCAGGCCACGGGCGCAGAGGAGGCGCAGCUGCAGGAGGUUGAGGAAAUGAUCACCGCCCCUGAACGGCAGCAGCUGGAGAGCCUCAAGCACAACGUCAACAAGAUUGAUGCCACCGAAAUCCAGGUUGAUGAAACCAUCUUCAUUUUGGAAUCCUACAUCAACAGCACCAUCAAGUAUUGACCGUCUUCCUGCCUUCGUAGCCUCCGGGGUCUCCCUCCCCUCCCUCUCUCUCUCUCUCUUCCCUCCCAGGCUCCGUCUCUCCAUCUGGGGAAGAGCAUUUCAGUCAGUAUUUGCAACUCUAUUUUUGUCUGAUUUUCAUACUUUCACAGCAAAUAAAAGGAUGCUGAUUGA